CCGUCACCGAUUCAAGGCAGCCAACCAGCUAGCCUUACCAUUUUAUUAUUUAAACGAUUCAAUUUGGGGGAAAAAAAAAGGCAACAGCAAUGUCAAAUAAAUGGGAGAAGUAGACCCCCCGAAGGAGCGAAAGAUCGGUAGUGUUGCUUCCUUGCAGGCCAUUUGGCAUUUUGGUAGGAGCAAAGAACAUACCUCCAACCUCACCUCACAGACCCUCAAUCCAUAGUUGACUGUUGCCGGAGCUUCACUAUUCCUGUAGCCUGGUUCCCAGUAUGGACGACCCACACCGCCUGCCCGGAGAAUCUUCUGAGCCGCCUCAGUUAUUUGUUCCUCGCAGAGCUGCUAGAGUCGCUUCCCUUGACAUCUUCCGUGGCCUCUCUGUUUUCCUAAUGGUGCUGGUCGAUUAUGGUGGCUCAGUCUUCCCCAUCAUCGCUCAUUGCCCCUGGAAUGGUAUUCACUUGGCGGAUUUUGUCAUGCCUUUCUUUCUCUUUAUUGCUGGAGUUUCUCUCGCGCUUGUUUACAAGAGGGGGCCGCAUAAAGGAGAAGCGACAUGGAAAGCUGUACUAAGAGCCGUGAAACUCUUUUUUCUUGGCGUCCUUCUUCAAGGUGGUUAUUUUCACGGAAUAACUUCCUUGACUUAUGGUGUUGACGUGGAAAAAAUACGGUGGAUGGGGAUUUUACAGAGGAUAUCUUUUGGAUACAUUGUCGCAGCUCUAUGUGAGAUUUGGCUUCCAGGUAGAAGAUGGAAAGAAAUAGGUUUCUUCAGGAGCUAUUACAGGCAUUGGUUUAUGGUGGCAUUACUGUUGGCAAUUUACUCAGGAUUACUUUAUGGUCUAUAUGUUCCAGAUUGGCAAUUUGAAGUAUCGGUUUUGACCUCUUCUCUGCACCGAAUCCCAAUGAAUGACAGCGACACUUACGCUUUGAGAGUAAAUUGUUCUGUGAGAGGGGAUCUCGGACCUGCCUGUAAUUCUGCUGGAAUGAUUGACCGCUACAUUCUUGGUCUUGACCAUCUGUAUAGAAAGCCUGUUUACAGAAAUCUCAAGGAAUGUAAGAUGUCUGCUAGUGACCAAGUUUCAGACAGUUCACACUCAUGGUGUCUUGCUCCUUUUGAUCCUGAAGGCAUUUUAAGCUCCUUAACGGCUGCAGUAUCUUGUAUUAUUGGACUUCAAUAUGGUCAUGUUCUUGCAUAUCUACAGGACCACAGAGGGCGCCUAAAGAUCUGGAUGUGGUUUUCGGUUUCAUUUUUGGCACUUGGAUUGCUUAUGGCUCUAAUAGGCAUCCCUCUAAAUAAAUCAUUGUACACAGUAAGUUAUAUGCUGGCGACUUCAGCAGUUUCUGGAAUCACAUUCAGUGCUUUAUAUCUUUUGGUAGAUGUCCAUGGUUACAGACGUUUGACACGUGCGUUGGAGUGGAUAGGAAAGCAUUCGUUGAGUAUAUUUGUAAUUGUAUCCUCAAACUUGGCUGUCAUCGCCGUUGAAGGAUUUUACUGGUCCACGACUGAAAAUAACUUGGCAAGUGAUGGAUGCUUGAUGCUUUACACUGCAAAGUUGAUUGCCAUUUAUCUACCUUAUCACAGUCAAGUUAAUACUUUUCUACCUCACAGAUCCACUGGAUAGUGACUCGCUUUGUCCGCACUUGACAUGAUCUCAUUCUGAUUCUGAUUCUAUCUAACCAUGGAGACGCUUUCACUCCGGGCGUUUAGCUUCAUGCAACGAGAUUGAUCUGUUUGGUUGGAGGGAAUAGAGGAUGGAGGGGACGAGAGAUCUUAAUAAGUUCAAUUUUAAAAAGAAAAAGGACAUUUUUAAUUAAUUUUUGUCAUCAUUUUUUUUUUAAAAUUAAACUCAUUAAAAUCAGUCCUCUACUCUUCUUCAUCCCCAACCAGACACGGAAUAGAGGGAGGGAGGGAGGGAGGAAGCACUUCUACUGCGGCUGCGUUCUUUUUAGAAGCGUAUGUUUUGAACCUUGAAAAAAUGAUUAUAGGAGAAACAAUCCUGACAAGUCUGACAGGGAAAGUAAAACAUACUUUAAUCUUAGCCAUAGUGAUGCUCCGCUGCUUCGAGGCAUUUGUAAAUUGUAACAGCAAUGAGAAGAGAAGAUUAUUAAUUUGUGAUA